AUGCAGAAGGAGAACGGUACUCUCGCUCUUUUGACUCAGUUCGGCGACACGUACUUGAAUACUGUGCUGCCGGUAUUGCGUCGCUUUGACGUUGUGGCUUUUGCCCCGUUGACAGCGUUGAGUGCGGUGCGUGGGUGGAACCCCAACAUGUACUUUUUGUGUGCUGAUCCUGCGACGGAGCCGCCGGCACUUGCACGCUUUGCCGUGGCUCGGCUGCGGGUGCUUCGGAUGGGCUUCACGUACCCGCGGAAUAUCCUUUUUUGGCGACAGCGAGUGCGAGCAGGCAGGGCGUGUGAUGUCGGAGGUGGGCUACGAGCUGAGCGGCGUCUUCGCUGUGCAGGGUGCUGGGCUAGGUGGGGCCGACCCGAAGGAGUUCGAUGCUGCGUGGGAGCAGUUUGCUGUGACUUAGACGCAGGCUGUGAUUGUGUUUGGCUCGCCGAUACGAGACACCGCGAAGUUCAUUGCGAAGAUGCUGGCGGACGGACGCACCGCUGGCGCGUACCUGCUGGCUCCCUCGGCGGUGCAGGACGUUGUUUUUGA